GCCCCUUCUCGUCUCCACGUUACGGACUCAGCUAAGUGUAUUGAGCCUCGGGCACGAGUGAAUGUUCGAUCCGUGCCACUGCCCAGGAAGCAGCUCAAGUCCGGCAAUAGCGGAAGCUGACCAGCAAAGAGACUCCUACUUUGCAGACAGGAGUUCAUUUGGAGGAAAUACUAGUGCGUUUAACUUAACCUCAAGUAGCGAUUCAAUUGCAGGAAAAGCAAGAGAAAGCUUCUUCACAAAGCCUAAACUUAAAACUGCCAUAAAUGGAUUUUCAGAAUCAUCAUCAGCAAUAUCAGCUCAGUCUUCUGCAUCAGUCAUUGUAGCUGUAGUAGAAGGAAGAGGACUUGCUAGAGGUGAAAUAGGAAUGGCAAGUCUAGAUUUGAAAAAUCCUGAAGUUGUGCUGUCUCAGUUUGCAGACAAUACAAUAUAUGUAAAGGUAAUAACAAAACUCAAGAUUCUGACACCUUUAGAAAUAUUGAUGCCAAAUACUGCUUGUGAUAGUGGCACUGCAAGUAAACUGUUCCUUCUUAUCGUGGAAAAUUUCAAGGACGUGUCCUUUACAGCUGUACAAAGAAAGUAUUUCAAUGAAACAAAAGGUCUGGAGUAUAUUGAACGUUUGUGCGUAUCAGAAUUCAGUUCUGUCCUCAUGGAAGUUCAGUCCAAAUAUUACUGUUUAGCUGCUGUUGCUGCUUUGAUCAAGUACGUUGAAUACAUUCAGAAUACGGUGUAUGCUCCCAAAUCUCUCAAGAUUUGUUUCCAAGGAAGUGAAAAGACUGCAAUGAUAGAUUCUGUCUCUGCCCAAAACCUUGAACUCUUGGUUAACAAGCGGGAUUCCAGGAAUGACCAUACCCUAUUUGGAGUUCUGAAUUAUACUAAAACUUCAGGUGGAAGCCGAAGACUAAGGUCAAAUAUUUUAGAACCGCUUGUUGACCUUAAGACAAUUAACACACGAUUUGACUGUGUUCAAGAAUUUCUUCAGGAUGAAGAAUUAUUUUUUAGUCUUCAGUCAGUUCUUUCCAGGUUUUUGGAUACAGAAAAUCUCCUGUCCAAUCUUAUUCAAAUUCCAAAGCAAGACAUACAGGAUAAAGCUGCUGACACAAAGAUCAGCUAUAUUAUCUCCCUGAAGCAUACCCUAAAACUGGUAGAGCCAUUAAAGGUUGUGUUGAAGAAUUGUAAGACACCCCUUCUUAAGGCUUACUACAAUUCUCUAGAAGACAGCAGGUUUGGCAUCAUUCUUGAAAAAAUUGGAGCUGUAAUUAAUGAUGAAACUAGAUACACGAAAGGAUGCCUGAAUACAAGAACUCAAAAAUGCUAUGCAGUCAAAGAAAACAUCAAUGAACUUCUUGAUAUAGCCAGGAGGACAUAUGCAGAAAUUGUGGAUGAUAUUGCUGGUUUGAUUUCCCAGCUGUCCGAAAAAUAUAAUCUACCCUUAAAAACAAGCUUUAACACUACCAGAGGGUUUUUUAUUCAGAUGAAUAUAGAUGCAAACAUGUCAACAACUUAUCAGCUUCCUUCAGAAUUUGUGAAGGUAACUAGAAUAAAAAAUUCUUGUUGUUUCACUACAGUAGACAUAUUAAAGCUAAAUGAAAGAUGCCAGGGAUCUCUUAGAGAAAUCUAUCACAUGUCAUAUCUAAUUGUAUGUAAGCUUCUUAGUGAGAUCUAUGAACAUAUUCAUUGUCUUUAUAAGUUGUCUGAUACUGUUUCAAUGCUGGACAUGCUGCUUUCCUUUGCACAUGCUUGCACGCUUUCUGAUUAUGUUCGUCCAGAAUUCACCGAUACGUUGGCAAUAAAACAGGGAUGGCAUCCUAUUCUCCAAAAAAUUGCAAUGGAAAAACCAGUUUCCAACAACACUUACAUAACCGAAGGAACUAACUUUAUUAUUCUCACUGGGCCUAAUAUGAGUGGAAAAUCCACUUAUUUGAAACAAAUUGCUUUAUGUCAAAUUAUGGCACAAAUUGGGUCAUUUGUUCCAGCUGAAUAUGCUUCCUUUCAAAUAGUAGAACAGAUAUUUACUAGAAUUGGGAUGGAUGAUGAUAUUGAAACAAACUGUUCUACAUUUAUGAAAGAAAUGAAGGAGGUGAAUUACAUAAUUCAAAAUGCUAAUAACAAAUCACUCAUAUUAAUUGAUGAACUGGGAAGAGGCACAAGUACAGAGGAAGGUAUUGGUAUCUGCUAUGCAGUAUGUGAAUACCUUCUUGGAUUAAAGGCAUUUACACUGUUUGUAACCCAUUACCUUGAACUGUGUCACCUUAGCACAAUAUACCCCAAUGCUGAAAAUUAUUACUUUGAAGUGCAGCAUAAAAGGGAGAAAUCUAACGAUAGAGAGUCAAUAUCAUAUACAUACCUUCUUUCAAAGGGACAGACCAAGGAGAAGAAUUAUGGUUUGAAAGCUGCAGAACUUUCAUCCUUACCAUCCACAGUUUUGAAGGAUGCAAAUAACAUUUCAAUGCAAAUCGCAGAUCAAUUAACAAGAAAGCAGGAAAGCUCCCCAAAAACUAUGAGGCAGACAGCAGUGUAUCAGUUGGCUGUAAGACUUAUUCAGGCAGCUAGAAACUCAUGCUUGGACUCAGACAGUUUAAGAACAUACCUGAAACACCUUAAGAAGAUUUACAGAGCUGAAAGCCUUACCAAUGAUAUUCAGUCAACAGAAACAGCAGAGGAAAAGUAAAUCCUAUGAAGCAAAGACAAGUAUGCAGGAUGCAUUUAUAAGGCAGAUUUUUUUAUUGUACAAAACAAUAUAAUAGAGAAAAUGGCAAAUAAAAACUUUCAACAAA